AUGGAUAAUUUCAGACCUUUGAGCUUAACAGACAGAAGGGCUUCCAUUGCACCCAUUGAAAGAGACGGCGAAAUGUCUCCCACCCGAGCGUUAACGGUCGACACAAAUGGCGAUCGCAUUCCAAUGCCGCAAAGGUUAGAAAAGAUCCUAAGUAGACCGAGAGGUCCUCCGACGCCAAAUAUGACGACUUCUUCCGCCGAUAUACAGUCUCCCACACACUCGAGUCAUGACCCUCCUCCUCCCCCUACACCGGCAGCCAGUCCAGGUCCUGAUCACCCACAACCAGAUUGGAGUGAGGCGGGAGAAAAGGAGGAUAUAUUUUUAUCACAAAUCAGAAUAUACUUCGCGCAAAGUUCAGCACCCGAAAGAACGAGAAUAUUGGGAGAUCUUUUGAAUUUGUGCACAAGCCAACAACUAAGCUUUGUACAUCAAUAUGUUAGCCCGUUACUGAAGAAAGAUCCAUUUACCACUUUACCAGAUGAACUAUGCCUUCGUAUUCUGUCUUGUAUCGACGACCCGAAAGUACUUGCGCGCUCGUCCCAGGUUUCGAAACGUUGGAGAGAUCUCCUUGCAGACGAUGUCACUUGGAUGAAAUUAUGUGCGAAGCACGAUUAUGGUCGAAGAAUGUCAGAACAUCAUCCCGUCACACCUCUAAUACCGUCACUUCGACCUCCUCCACACCCCGUUCAUAAGGCAUUACAAGCAGGAGAGCCUUCAGCCCUUGCACAUUCUUUUCCCGGAAUCAGUGCAGGAUUGUCACAAGUCCCUGGAAGUUCCAGGAGCUUUGAUAGUGCUACUGCCUCUGGCGCAUUGAGAAGACCAAAGAUUAGGUCGUAUAAAUCACACUUUAAACAAAGAUAUUUGGUCGAAACCGCCUGGAGGACUGGAGGACAAAAUAUCGCAAGGCAUAUUACACAAGAUCAGGGUGUUGUUACAAGUCUACAUCUGACACCAAAGUACAUUGUGGUAGCAUUGGACAACGCUAAGAUUCAUGUUUUCAAUACGGAUGGAAAUGCACAAAAGACCUUGACUGGGCAUGUAAUGGGUGUUUGGGCAAUGGUACCAUGGGAGGAUACACUUGUUAGUGGAGGUUGCGAUCGUGAUGUACGAGUGUGGGACAUGGCUGCUGGUGAGAGUUUACAUACUCUGCGUGGACAUACUUCCACAGUCCGGUGCCUGAAGAUGUCUGAUGCAAACACCGCAAUUUCAGGCUCUCGAGAUACCACUCUAAGAAUCUGGGAUAUCAAGACUGGAGUUUGCAAAAACGUCCUUGUGGGUCACCAGGCAAGUGUUAGAUGCCUAGAAAUUAAAGGAGAUAUUGUUGUUUCUGGAAGUUAUGAUACUACAGCUAGAGUGUGGAGCAUCUCGGAGGGAAGAUGUUUACGAACACUCUCGGGACAUUUCUCUCAAAUCUAUGCUAUUGCUUUCGAUGGAAAGAGAAUAGCUACUGGAAGUCUUGACACCAGUGUUCGGAUAUGGGAUCCAGAAAAUGGAUCCUGUCAAGCUAUUCUUCAAGGACACACCUCGCUAGUUGGGCAAUUGCAAAUGCGAGGAAACACUUUGGUCACUGGUGGUUCUGAUGGGUCUGUUCGCGUUUGGUCUCUUGAAAAGAUGGCCCCAAUUCAUCGAUUAGCUGCUCAUGACAAUAGUGUCACAAGUUUACAAUUUGAUGAUACACGAGUGGUUAGUGGAGGUAGUGAUGGUCGAGUCAAAGUUUGGGAUCUUAAGACUGGUCAACUCGUUCGUGAACUCACUGCUCCUGCUGAGGCUGUUUGGAGAGUGGCGUUUGAAGAAGAAAAGUGUGUGGUUAUGGCAAGCAGAUCAAAUCGCACUAUAAUGGAAGUGUGGUCAUUUUCUCCGCCAGAAGAUGUUCUGUACGAGAAUCCCUAUGGCCAACAAACUCCUCCCAUUACUGGGCCCACUAGGCCACUGAGUGCUAUCGAAUAUCGGAGUGGUAGUCAAGACCAAGCUAUGCAAGGGAUCAUGACACAUGAAGCAUCUUAUCAGAGGGAUGAUAUUGAAAUGGUCGAUGCUGGACCAUCGACAGCUCCUCCGCAAGCUACCGGGCCUACUUUCUUUCACGAAGAUGACUGA